AUGGUUCUCUCAAGGGCUCAAGUGGCGGAAUUUGAGGAAGUUAUAGUACAAGCUUUUAAGAAAGCUAGUUUUAUUGAAAUUAUUUCCAAAAACGUGGUUUCUUUGGUUGAAGAUCAAUUAAAAGGUACGUUCGCUCAUUACGAAGAGCAAAUAAAAAAUUAUAAAGAACAAUUAGCUGUAUUAAGAGCUGAAAAUGAAGGUAUGAAGAAGGAUUACGUGAUUAAAUUAGAUGCCCAUGAACAGUAUAGUCGCCGAAAUAAUGUGCGGAUUUUCGGGAUUUCUGAGAAAGAAAAAGAGAAUGUCGAAGAAAUAGUAACAGAUAUUCUAACAAAAAAAAUAGAAUAUUUAAUGCCUGAAAAUGCGAUUGAAUGUUAUCAUCGUGUAGGGAAAAAAACUGCCCGGCCUCGAGCGAUUAUCGUCAAGUUUUUGUCCCGCAAGUACAAAGACGAGGUGGUUCGAUGGAGAUCCAAACUAAAGGGAACGAAAAUUAAUAUAAAGGAAGAUUUAACGCAGAUAAGGGCCAAUCAUGUGAAACAGCUAACAUAA